UGAUGUGUGUUUGCUGAUUUUGGUUCAAAUACAACUUCGUAUUGUUCCCAAGGGAUAUACUGAAGAUGGGGAUGCCAACUUAUAGCUUUUCAGUUCAAACAUCACAUUUGACUUCCAUGGUGGAAGAAGGUUUUGAUUUCAAUGCCUGCAUAUAUAAUGUAGCUAUGUUGGUCUCUCCUCACCUCUCCUUUUUGGCGCAGGAUUCUUCAGAUUUGAUUUCAUUCCUGGUAGAACUUAGUUUUCAUGUUAAGGGCGAGGCAUAUAACAUAAAUACAUUGAAUGAGAGGCAAAAGAAUAUAGUCAAGGACCUUGCAGAUUUGGGACUGAUCAAACUUCAGCAGGGAAGGAAAGACAGUUGGUUUAUACCUACUAACUUAGCUACUAAUCUUUUAGUUAGCUUGACAGACUCAUCAUCGAGGAAACAAGUUGGUUAUUUGUACUCAUUCUAGCUUUGUCUCUAAUCGGUUAUUCCACAACUAAUUCCUAAUCAUCAAGAAAACUGAUGUGCAUCCAUACAAGCUACUUACAAAU